GCUCCGCUUUUGUAUUUGAGCUACCAAAAUACAGCAUGCCGAUUCGCUCAUUUGCGCAAUUAAACCAGCCUUUUUCCGUUCUGUCAAUGGAUGUUUAUCUGAGUUCACACCUCCUUAACCACUCCUGUGGAAACUUCAGCAAAGACAUCGGGGACAGCGCUACUGGGUUUGAGCUCUGCUGGACUUAUAACUAAAACGCGUAACAAGAUCACUGCGGGCAAGGACGAAAUAUGCUGCGAAAACACUAUUACCCUAAUUGAAUAGUUGUUUUUGUAAAUAUUCGGUUUACCGGAGGACAGUGAAAAUCCUAUUUGCAUCCAGCAACAUGCCGGAGUUUUCCUAAAAGUCAGUCCGCACCACUAGACAGCAAAAAAAAGACAAAACAUUUUCCCGAGCCUUCAGAACGAGCUAAACUUUCAAUUUCACUAUUUAAGAAAAUGUUGAAGUGCAAUUUAAGCUGCAUUUGAGAAGCGAGCGACGUAGGGGCCAGACCAAGAUUUGAAAAGCUGCAUUGUGCUUCGCCGGCUGAUGGAUCUGCUAUUGUAACAUCGGCAUUUGGCGAAAGGGCUGCAGCGGCUGCCCAGCGAUUCGCGAGUCCGGCAGAGUCACCGGAGCGGACUGCUCGGCACCGCCGCCGCGUUCGCAGCCGAUUCGCCUUUUCAGACUGUUAAAACGCGGUGCCGUGGAGCCGGCUGGCAGCCUCACGGAUGGCAGCUUUUCGGGACGCAACGACUUCGUGCUUCGUGACCUACAUUUACUUUUUCCAAGUUGUAUACAGACGUCUUUAAAGAGGAGAUUGGUGUCCUGGUGACUGCUGAAAUAUUGAAUUGAAUGUUCAUUGCGUAGCAGCAAUGGUCGGAUCCGCUUGUCCUAAUGAUCUGUCAGCUGCCGGCUUCUUUCCACGUGUCACUGGAAGCCCUACUCCGUCAUACCUGAAAAUUUUUUAAAAGUUACUGUAAAAUGUAUUAAAUGAAACUGACUUAAAGGGAAGGCAAAAACAUAGAAGUUUUCCUUUUGUCAGAGUUUCCAGAUGUGUUUCAGACCACUGAUAGCAUAUUUUUUGGAGCUUCUGCAGAUUUUUUCUUCAGGUGAACCGUGAUGCAUUGACUGGUCUUUUAAUGACUGUGGUCAGAAAUUCAAGAUGAAGAAUUAUGUUUUUAAAUUAAGUGUUGACAGUUAUUUUAUAGUUGAAUUACCAAAUCAUGCCCCCUGCAAUUUUGACCCUUUACAGUGAGGUCCAUACCAGUCCUGCACUGCCCUCACUCGUCUGAGUACCUGUGGUAGGAUGUCUCGGGACGAGUUAAUUGAGCUCAAAGAACUGUCUCUGAACGACCGGAUUGAGCUGACCGACCCACAUGAAUCCCGUACAUCCCGUCUGGAGCGAGUCAAUGCUGUGCGUCUCAGUCCCGGGAAGGUUCCAGAACUGUUGAACCGGGUCCGCAUCAUCCGACUGCUGGGAGACAGCACCGACCCGCAUCUCACCAACACGAGCGGAGAAGGCCAUGACUUCCAGCCCUGCACCCACACCCAGCCUACGUGGUGUGACCUUUGCGGAGACUUCAUCUGGGGCUUGUACAAACAGAGUUUGCGCUGCAUCAACUGCAGAUUCACCUGUCACUACCGCUGCCGAGGACUUAUCCAGUUAGACUGCAAUUCACAUCGUGGCUUCAUUUCCAACCAGCUGGACAUCACAGAGGAUGUCAUAGAGACCGAUACCGAUGUGGAUGAACAGGUUGAGUGGGGAAAGCAGGAGCUGUCUGUCAGCGAGACUGAGCAGAAGGUGAAGGAGUAUAAUGCUCAGAUCAACAGUAACCUCUUCAUGGCACUGAACAAAGAUGGCUCCUACACUGGCUUCAUCAAGGUCCACUUCAAACUGGUCCGGCCAGUGUCCGUUCCCCCGCCCCGAAAGAUGACUGCAUCACAGGAUGGGGGUCGUCGAGGCACGGGUGUGAAGCGGCGCACCUCCUUCUACCUCCCCAAGGACACGGCCAAGCACUUGCACAUCAGCUCACGCACCCGUGCCCGAGAGGUGAUCGAAGCACUGCUGAACAAGUUCACCGUGGUGGACAACCCCCGCAAAUUCGCCUUAUUCGAACGCAGUGAGCGCCAUGACCAGGUGUACUUGCGGAAGCUGGCAGAUGACGAGCACCCCCUUCAGCUGCGGCUGUGUGCAGGACCCAGUGAAAAGGUCCUCAGCUUGGUGCUGAAGGAAAAUGAAACGGGGGAGGUCAACUGGGAUGCCUUCUCCAUGCCGGAGCUGCACAAUUUCUUGCGUAUCUUACAGCGUGAGGAGGAAGAGCAUGUCAAGCAGAUCGUGCAGCGCUAUGCUCAUGCACGAGACAAGAUGCUGGAGGCGCUGGCCAGCAGCACUCCAGGCUGAGAUUAGGGUUCUGUGGCAUGUAGUUCUGACCUGUAGCCUUAUAGGGCUACUUGUCGCCCACUGAAUCCAAAGAUCCGCCUGAAAGUGUUUGAGGACAAGAUGCAAAGCUGUUGUGCUGGUGGUCCUCUGAGCGAGCGAGAGUGAGAAAGUGCAGCGCAAACCUUGAAGUGCCUUCGACCUGGAGAGAUUGAGUUAUGCUUGUGUGGAGAAACGAGAGAGAGAGCGAGAGAGAGCGCGCAAAUAAUCACAGAACAGCCAUGUCCAGUUGUGCAUGCCUUGCUAGACUUACUCAGAAAUGUAUUCACACUUCCAACUGUACAUGUGGUGCUGAAGGCACCUGUGUCUGCAUAAAGGGGACACAACUGUUGUAAGUUCUGGAGGUUUGUUGCUGCUGUUCAUACGUUGGCUGUUCUUGUCAUCCCCUGUUCUUCCACUUCCCCUAUGAGUCACUGAAUGGAAAUUACACUUGUUUUGAAUGGUGAGGAUAGCCUGAUUGAAUCCUGCUGAUGGUGAUUGACAGAAUGAUUGUGAACUUUUAAACCAGUGUGUGGCCAGCCGGCAUUUCAACGAUUAUUCGAAAUCUAAGCAACAUCAUAGAUCAAGGUUCAAUCACUGUUAAAUUUUUUGAAAACUGCCUCAGCGUUGAUAUUGUGAUAAUAAAAUGCUAAUAAAAUGAUAAUGUUGAUCAUAAUUUAAAAGGGAGAAUUUUUUUUGUAUGUUGAAGACCUUUGUUGAUUCAACGUACAGGUCUCGUUAAAAUUUGUGUUCCAUUUUGUAAAACCAUUAGCAUUAAACAUAUCAACGUUGGAAGUUGAUCAGAUUCCGGCUGGGUGGUCUGGAACCACUGGGGUAAUCAGAGAUUAGGUUUUUAUAUACACCUUGGACAUUACCAGACUGAUAACUAGUGCUCUUUACUGCCAUGUGGGGGAAGAAGGCUGUUUUGCCCUUUUUAAAAUGAAAGGGUGGAACAGUUAAGUGGUAAAUUUUAAUACAGUGUCCUUCCUAUUAUAUGUGUAUUUUUUGUCAUCUUUAGUCAACUACGAGCAUUUGUGUGUGUGUGUGUCUGCCCUCCCCAAUAAAUAUGACAGUACCUUUUCUGUUUACCAUCUUGUAUUUCGCCUUGUAUUGUCAGCUGUUAUUCCUUGGGGAAGGUUCUUCUCAGUUCAAAAACAGUUUCAAAUUUGAAAAUGCAAAAUAAAUGAUUCCCUCGUCGAA